UCCACUUGUCAUUCAUGCGUGCGUUCAAAAUGGAUCAGGAAGCGCGUGAUUAUUCGUCGAUUACAGCUGGUAGUAGUGGUUACGUGAAAGAAAAGCUUCUCCUACACUGCACUGACGCGAUGACCUAGCAAGUGAAUCAUUUUCGCUGUUGCAAAUCUACUUAUCUGUCGCAUUUUAGCUUUGAAUGUUUCAUAAGAUUUACGAACGACUGUCCUACGUGUUAAUGAUUAAAUUGUCGCAAAUUUAUAUUAAUAGCUAGCUAGCCAGGCUAGCUGGCGGACACUUGAAGUCGGCUGGAUUGUCCGACUCGGGAUUGUCAAGGAAAAAACCCUGCUACCAGCUAGAUAUCCGGCUAGCCAGCUAGCCUCUUAUCCUGGGAUAUAUUCUAGAGUCUGCUGCUCCCUCCUAAUCCAAGUGUUUUAAACCGCGUUUUUACUCAAUAAGAAAGAUGAAGAUAACGGUGGAAUUCGAGGAAUGUUUAAAGGACUCUCCGAGAUUCAGGGCCACCAUAGAGGAGGUGGAGGGGGAUGUCUGCGAGCUGGAGUCCAAACUCGACAAGCUCGUGAAGCUGUGCAUCGGGAUGAUAGACGCCGGCAAAGCCUACAACACGGCCAACAAGCAGUUUGUCAGCGGCAUCCGCGAGCUGGCCCAGCAGUCCUCCAAAGACGAGGUCGUCGAGUCCAGCCUCACAAAGUUUGCUGAAAGCCUGCAGGAGAUGAUCAACUAUCACACGAUUUUAUUUGACCAGGCCCAGAGAUCGAUCAAGACCCAACUUCUAACGUUUGUUAAAGAGGACCUGCGGAAGUUCAAGGAGGCCAAGAAGCAGUUCGACAAGGUGAGCGAGGAGAAGGAGGCGGCCCUGACCAAGAACGCCCAGGCGCCCCGCAACAAGCAGCACGAGGUGGAGGAGGCCACCAACAUCCUCACCGCCACCCGCAAGUGCUUCCGCCACAUCGUCCUCGACUACGUCCUCCAGAUCAAUGUCCUCCAAUCCAAGAGAAGAUCCGAAAUCCUCAAAUCGAUGCUGUCCUUCAUGUACGCCCACCUGACAUUCUUCCACCAGGGGUACGACCUCUUCAGUGAACUCCAGCCCCUAAUGAAACAGUUGGGAGGACAGUUGGACCAGCUGGUGGUGGACGCAGCCAAAGAGAAGAGAGACAUGGAGCAGAAACACUCCACCAUCCAACAGAAGGACUUCUCGAAUGACGACACCAAGCUGGAGUACAAUGUGGACGCAGACAACGGCAUCGCGAUGGAGGGCUACCUGUUCAAGAGGGCCAGCAACGCUUUCAAAACAUGGAAUAGGCGUUGGUUUUCCAUUCAGAACAAUCAGCUAGUCUACCAGAAGAAGUUCAAGGACAACCCUACGGUGGUGGUGGAGGACCUGAGGCUCUGCACCGUCAAACACUGCGAGGACAUCGAGCGCCGCUUCUGUUUCGAGGUGGUGUCCCCCACCAAGAGCUGCAUGAUGCAGGCCGACUCGGAGAAGCUGAGGCAGGCCUGGAUCAAAGCCGUCCAGAACAGCAUCGCCACCGCCUUCAGGGAGAAGGGAGAGGACGAGCUGGACCGAAAGUCCUCCACCUCCACAGGCAGCCUGGACUCUGGCGGCGAGCCCAAGGAGAAGCCCCUGAAGGGGGAGAGCGCCCUCCAGAGGGUCCUGGCCAUCGCCGGGAACACCUGCUGCUGCGACUGUGGCCAGGCCGACCCUCGCUGGGCCAGCAUCAACCUGGGCAUCACCCUCUGCAUCCAGUGCUCCGGCAUCCACAGGAGUCUCGGGGUCCACUUCUCCAAGGUGCGGUCGCUAACUCUGGACACAUGGGAGCCAGAGCUACUCAAGUUGAUGUGUGAGCUAGGGAACGGAGUGAUCAACCAGAUCUAUGAGGCACGCAGAGAAGAAUUAGGAGCCAGGAAGCCCCAGCCAGGAGACCCAAGGCAGGAGAUCGAGGCCUACAUCAGGGCCAAGUACGUGGACCGCAGGUUCGUGCGCCGGCCGUCCGACGAGGAGCUGCGGACCAAGGUGGUGUCCCUGAGCAAGCAGGAGAAGAGGCUGAGCAGCAGCUCGGAGCACCUGCCCCCGCGGCCGCCGCCGCCCACGCCCAAGCUCCGCCCGGCCUCCAACGUCUCCGGACAGUCAGUAAGAAGUGCUGACAGUGGGAUCCAGAACAGCGCUGAUGGGAGCAGAGAGAUGCUGGCCAACACCCCGUCCACUAACAGCUUAACAGAAGCAGAAGCGGCCGAGCCCCCCCCUAUGGCCAUGCCCUCCACCCUGCCCCCGCCGUCCCCCUGCAAGGAUGUGGUGGUGUUCUACGAGCCCAAGGAGUACUCCCCGGGCCUGCAGCUGUACUGGGCCUCCUGCGCCCGCAGCCUGCCCGACAUGGCCGAGGCCCUGGCCCACGGCGCCGAGGUCAACUGGGUCAACACGGAGCACGACAAGAGGACCCCCCUCAUCAUGGCCGUGCAGGGGGGCUCGUUGGUCACCUGCGAGUUCCUGCUCCAGAACGCCGCCAACGUCAACCAGCAGGACGCCCAGGGCCGAGGGCCCCUGCACCACGCCACCAUCCUGGGCCACACGGGACAAGUAUGUUUAUUCUUGAAAAGAGGAGCCAAUCAGAAUGCGGCAGACAUCGAGGAGAAAACCCCCCUGUCCAUGGCGGUGGAUGCGGCCAAUGCUGACAUAGUCACAUUGCUGCGAUUGGCCAAGAUGAACGAGGAGAUGCGUGAGGCGGAGGGGCCCUACAGCCAAUCAGGAGACGAAACCUACCAAGACAUUUUCCAGGACUUUUCCCACAUGGCGUCAAAUGACCCAGACAAGCUGAACCGUUACCAGCAGUACGACCUACCCAGGCCUUGACACCAGUAGACGGUUCCAGCUCCAACGUUCUGGUUCCGGCCCAUCUGGAAGUUUCUCAAAGCACCCGGAAUUGUUCUGAUCUCCGCUGCAGUAUGGAAGGCCCAGGCCACCACAACCUAAACCUGUCAGUAAUGAAUUCUAUUCAGACUCAUUUCAUAUCAUACGAAGAAAUACAUUUUAGCAACGUGAACUGGAACAAGUCGCAGCAUAUCCCAGUGCUUACGUGAACGGUACAUAAGAACCGUUUAAAGGGUUUGCCAGAUUUUCUUAACCAUUUAGCCGUGAAGCACAGUUGAGUGCACAGACACCUAGAAACAAUAUUUUUAUGGAUGGACUCCCGCCUCCCCCCCCCAGCAAUAAAGUUGGAAAGACAUUCAGUUCUAUUCCAGCGCUAAAAUCACUUUUACCGUCCCAUUUUAUUUUUUGUUUUAUUUUGUUUUUUUUGUACUUAAUGUACUGUACACUCAGUUUAAUGACACAUUUUCACAGAUUUGUCUGUUUAAUGACUUGUGUAGACAGUGUUUGAGGGUCAUCUUCACCGGUCAACCCCUUUUCAUGGGUGUAAGGUAAGUAAGACACUUAUUUGCACCAAUCCUUUUGUCUUAAGUUAUCACUGAUGUUUACCUGUUAUGAAGGUGAAACUUUGAAGUGUGAAUUACUUUACAGUUGGUGUGGAACGCACACAUUGUCAAAAUUGAGAUUUGAUCAUAGUGUGACAAUGUUAAGAAGAAAAAAAAAAACUUUUAUAGAUACUGAUUGUGUGUGUAAAAUGUUCAUAAUUUUAUGAUCAGUUUCUUUCUGAUGCAAGAUUUUGUUGGAAUCAUUAGGUUUCUCGGGAGCAAUAAUAUUUAGCAUUGCCCUUUCAACAUCCCAAAGGCUUGGAACUAGUAAUGAACAAAAGAUCAUCGGAAUAUACAUGUUGGGUCCUCUGUAUGAAGUACAAUUGAUUAGUUGAUCAUUUAGCCCACACACAUUAGAAUGGAGGCUACCCUUAGAUAAUAUGCAACAUAUGGUGCUAGGACAACUCAUUUGACCUUGACCUCCAGACCAUCAAAAUGAACAUAAAAACAUUACCUUGGGUGAACACCUAAUACCUAAUUUUCUGUCUUCAUGUCAAUGACCACACUGAAGUGCUCUUCAGUGCAACAUGGGAUACAGUACAUAUCUUGUACAUUGUAAAGAUGCUUUUGAAUAUGACUCUUGAGAACUUAAUUAUAAAAUUAGUGGUACUUGAAUCAUUAAAUAAGCUUUUGUAAAUGCUGUUCUUUUUAUUAUUGUGUAAUGUUAUCCCAUUUUAUAUCACCCUUCUGUAUACCACUAAAGUAAUGUAUAUUCUCAGUAUACAUUUUAAAGGACUGAUUGCAUGUACUACAAAUCAUGGACUGAAGAUACUUUGCCGAAUAUUGAACCAUUUGUUUGCUUGUUCUUUUGAUUUUAUAAUGCAGUUUAUUACCGCUGUGAAUUACUCUGUCAUUCCGACUUGAAAAGAAAAUUGUAGUGCAAAAUUGAAUAGAAUUUCUGAUCCCCCACCCCCCCCCCCACUACAAAAACUCACCAAACCGUACUUGGGACAGCGCUGCCCGCUUGACUUCAUGGCUUACAUCACCACGGGCUGAAGUUCCACCAUCAUGGAUGUGGGAACACAAACAACAACGUGUCUCUGAGGAUCUCCAGCAGUCCUUAGCAUGAUGUCACCAAAAAGCCUUCCUCCCUCACCACGCAAACAAUGACGGUCUGUUUAUUUCUACUGGUGUGUUGUCGCAUUCUUACGAUGAGAUGCCGUUACCUCAGUGUACACGUCCGUGUUUGUUUGAAAACAUUAUGUUUUGGGACAUUUGACACCAACGCAGAUGACUUACAAAUAAACCAUUUAUCUAGAACUGG